AUGCUGCUAGACUUCCUGAUUUGCCGCCAGCCCCUCUACCUCGCGCACAUCACCAUGCCGCUCGCCUACUCGCUCUCCUACCUCGUCUUCUCUGCAAUCUACUAUGCCGCAGGAGGCACGUACCACCGGGACCGCACCUCGCGGUACAUUUACGACGUGCUGGAUUGGUCGAGCCCAUCUGGCCCGAGCACGCUCUCCGCGCUGAUUGUCUUGCUCGUCGUCCCCUUUCUGUACCUCAUCUUCAUCGUUCUGUACGCUUGGCGCCUAAAGUGCUCACGCAGCGCCGGCGUCGGGCCCGCGAAGCAGACCGCGCCUGACAGCGCUGACGUCGGCAACUCUCUGGCAUGA